CACAAAGCGUCUUCUACUUUGACAAAUUGUGCAUGUUGGAUAAGUUUUACACGAUUUUUACCUAAAAAUACACAUAUUAGAAGUCUGUGAAUAAUUGUAAAGUGUUGAAAGAUGCGUGAGACAAGCGAUAAUUAUGUUAUCAAGAGAGACGGUCGCAAGGAAGGCAUGAACUGCGAUAAGAUAACAUCCCGGAUAAAUAAGCUCUGCUAUGGAUUGAAUAUGAAUUUCGUGAAUCCUCCGGCCAUCACGGAGAGGGUGAAGAAGGGACUCUACUCGGGUGUCACCACUCCAGAACUGGACAACCUGGCAGCUGAAAUUGCGGCGACAAUGACGACGGAUCAUGCGGACUUUGCAAUCCUUGCGGCUCGUCUGGUUGUCUCGAAUUUGCAAAAGGAGACGAAGAAGCUCUUUUCCGAUGUCAUGACUGAUCUGUACGGGGCCAUCAAUGAAACCACCGGCAAAGUGUCGCCCAAGAUCUCAGAGAAGCACUACAACAUCAUCAUGGCCAAUGCAGAGAGGCUCAACUCGGCGAUCGUCCAUGACCGGGAUUAUGGCUACAGUUACUUCGGCUUCAAGACCCUCGAGAGAUCGUACUUGAUGAAGAUCGGAAAGAAGAUCGUGGAGAGGCCGCAACACAUGCUGAUGAGAGUGUCUGUGGGGAUUCACGGAGAGGACAUCGAGGCAGCUAUUGAAACGUACGAUCUCUUGUCGCAGAGGUACUUCACCCACGCCUCGCCGACUCUCUUCGCCGCUGCCACGCCAGUGCCUCAGCUGUCCUCCUGCUUCCUCCUUUCAAUGUCCGACGACAGUAUUGAUGGAAUCUACGACACUUUGAAACAGUGCGCCUUGAUUUCGAAGGCUGCUGGCGGGAUUGGCGUCAACACCCACUGCAUCCGAGCUCGUGGCAGCCACAUUGCUGGAACCAAUGGCACAUCGAAUGGUCUGGUGCCGAUGCUCCGAGUCUACAACACGACGGCCUGCUAUGUGGAUCAGGGAGGAAACAAGCGGCCGGGCGCUUUUGCCAUCUACCUGGAGCCCUGGCAUGGAGACAUCUUCGAAUUCUUGGACCUGAAGAAGAACACGGGCAAGGAGAAGGCACGCGCACGGGACCUCUUCUAUGCGCUCUGGAUUCCGGACUUGUUCAUGGAGCGCGUGUCUGAGGAUAAGGAGUGGUGCCUCAUGUGUCCCAACAUGUGUCCCGGACUAUUUGAUUGCUGGGGUGAGGAGUUCAACAAGUUGUACACGCAGUACGAGAGGGAGGGCAAAUAUUUGCGCAAAGUGCCUGCUCGGGAUCUCUGGUUUGCGAUUAUACAGAGCCAAGUGGAGACGGGAACGCCGUACAUGCUGUACAAGGAUGCUUGCAAUCGGAAGAGCAAUCAGCAGAACAUCGGUACGAUUCGCUGCAGCAACCUCUGCACGGAGAUCGUUGAGUACUCGUCAAAGGAUGAGAUUGCAGUGUGCAAUCUGGCGUCAAUUGCUCUCAACAUGUUCGUGAAGGCGGACAAGAGCUAUGACUUUGAGAAGCUGAAGUCAGUCACUAAGACAGUCACGCGCAACCUGAAUAAAGUGAUCGAUAUCAAUUACUAUCCUGUGCCGGAAGCCAAGCGCUCAAAUUUCCGGCACAGACCCAUUGGAAUUGGUGUGCAGGGACUGGCGGAUGCCUUCAUCCUCAUGCGACUGCCUUACGACAGCGACGAUGCGAAGAAGCUCAACCAGCAGAUCUUCGAGACGAUUUACUAUGGCGCCCUCGAGGCGAGUUGCGAGUUGGCGGAGAAGCACGGUCCCUAUGAGACCUAUCGCGCGAAUGGCGGGAGUCCCGUGAGCAAGGGAAUUCUGCAGUAUGAGAUGUGGGGCAAGAAGCCAACGGACUUGUGGAAUUGGGACGAACUGAAGGCGAAGAUAGCUCAAUACGGCGUCAGGAAUUCUCUCCUGGUGGCGCCUAUGCCCACAGCUUCCACAGCCCAAAUUCUGGGCAACAACGAAUCCUUCGAGCCCUACACGUCCAACAUGUACAACCGCCGAGUCUUAUCUGGGGAGUUCCAGGUCGUCAACAGCCACUUGUUGAAGGAUCUCACGAAUCUAGGCCUCUGGAGUAAUGACAUGAAAAACAAGCUGAUCGCCAGCAACGGUUCUGUGCAGAACAUCAAAGAAAUUCCCGAGGACAUCCGCGAAUUGUAUAAGACCGUGUGGGAGAUCAAGGUGAAGACGACAAUUGAAAUGGCAGCUGACCGCGGAGCCUUCAUCGACCAGAGUCAGUCGUUCAACAUUUACGUCGCGGAGCCAAACUACGGCAAGCUCACGUCCAUUCACUUCUACGCUUGGAAGCAGGGCCUGAAGACGGGCAUGUACUACUUGCGCACGAAACCGGCGGCCAAUGCGAUCCAAUUCACAGUGGACAAAACGAAGCUUAAGGAGGAAGUCAACACUAACGGAGAGGACAAAGUGAAUGGUGAAGAACGCGCAGACAUGCUGUGCUCCCUGGACAACAAGGAGGCUUGCCUUUCCUGUGGAUCUUAAGAAGCGCGCUUCUCAGUUCACGCAGAAAAACUUCCUUAGCGAAAUUCAACUAACACUCCUCAUCUUACGAUAUCAAUCAAGAUCCUCAAAAUUGCACAUUUUUACACUAACAAAUGAAAGAGUCACGAUUGAAUUUAUGUAAUU